AAAGAAUAUUGCAUAUUUGCUAUCGACCUCGAAGAGUCUUAUGGCAGUGUAGCAGCGCUUUUACUCGACGUGGGUUUUCCGUGUCCUCUGAAUGGAAUAGAGCAGGGAGAAGUUUUGUUUAAAUUACCGGUGUGUCUGUCUUAAUAUCCUACUAAUUUAUUUCCCCCCUUCGCUUUCUAUUUACUUAUUUUAAACUUCACCCGAACCAACUUCUACGGAAAAAAAUGGCUCUUUUCAGGAUAUUUGCAAAUCGUCUCCUAGUUCAACCUCAGACUCCUUUUGCACCUUUGUCUGUACUUGCAAAGAGCAUGGCAACGGAUACUACGGACCUGAAAGGACUAAUGGCAAAGAAGAUUAUUGAGCAUCAGAAGAGUGUAAAGAAAUUUCGUGAAGUGUACGGAAGCAAGGUUAUUGGAGAAAUAACAGUAGAUCAGAUCUACGGCGGCAUGAGAGGCAUGAAAGCGAUAGUGACGGAAACAUCCCACCUGGACCCGGAGGAGGGAAUCAGGUUCCGAGACCUUACCAUCCCCGACUGCAGAGAGCAGUUGCCCAAGGCCCCCGGUGGAGAGGAACCACUCCCAGAAGCCCUCUUCUGGUUGCUGAUGACUGGGGAUGUUCCAACUACGGAACAGGUCAAACAUUUGUCGAAGCAAUGGGCCGAAAUGGCAGACCUUCCAUCCCACGUCGUGACAAUGUUGAACAACUUCCCAUCCAACUUGCAUCCCAUGUCCCAAUUUAGCGCUGCUAUCACAGCCUGCAACACAGAGAGUAAAUUUGCGAAAGCCUACAGCGAAGGUGUCUCAAAAGCCAAAUACUGGGAAUUGACUUUUGAUGAUGCCAUGAAUUUGAUUGCUAAACUGCCUCCCAUCGCUGCCACAAUAUACAGAAAUUUAUAUCGGGAUGGGAGCAGCAUUGGAGCAAUCGAUCUAAAUAAGGAUUGGACACAUAAUUUCACCUCAAUGCUUGGCUACGAGGAGCCAGAAUUUACAGAGCUUAUGAGAUUGUACCUGACAAUUCAUAGUGACCAUGAAGGUGGCAAUGUAAGUGCUCACACAGUCCACCUGGUCGGAAGUGCACUGUCGGACCCAUACCUUUCUUUCGCUGCUGGAAUGAAUGGUCUGGCUGGUCCUCUCCAUGGGUUGGCGAAUCAAGAAGUUCUAGUCUGGCUUACUAAGCUUCAAAAAGAAUUAGGAAAUGAUGUCACAGAUGAACAGCUAAAGGAGUUUGUGUGGAAGACAUUGAAGUCUGGACAGGUUGUACCAGGCUAUGGUCAUGCGGUCUUGAGAAAAACGGAUCCCCGUUAUAUUGCACAGAGAGAAUUCGGCUUGAAACAUCUUCCCCAAGAUCAUCUCUUUAAACUUACAUCCAGCAUAUACAAAGUGGUCCCACCCAUUCUUUUGGAACUCGGGAAAGUCAAGAACCCUUGGCCUAAUGUUGAUGCACAUAGUGGUGUUCUAUUACAGUACUACGGCCUGAAAGAGAUGCAAUACUACACCGUUCUCUUUGGCGUGUCUCGCGCCCUGGGCGUCAUGGCUUCCCUGGUGUGGGAUCGGGGAAUGGGGCUCCCCCUGGAGCGCCCCAAGUCCAUGACCACCGACGGCCUCAUGAAACUGGUCGGCGCCAUCUAGGGGCACUUCCUCCAACCACACUUCGCAGGAUAGAAGCAAUUCCAUGGAAGCUGCUUGAAGGGACUCUGGAAGGAGGGCAGCUUUGUGAUAGAUAAUUUUUGCAGGUAUAGUCGUCGUCAGGAAUGGACUGCGGAAAGGGCGUGAGGCAUCCUAGGGUAGAACCCCACUUUUGCAUAUUUAGAUUCAAUAGGCUAAUUCUAGAAAGUCCAUAGAGUAACUUUUAUGAGGUGUUCUCUUUUUACACAUUGCUUUGAGAUUCCAGUCUUCCACGUUACUUCUGUUUUGUAAUGGUAUGCAAAAUGGUGAUAUGAAUGAGAUGUAAGUGAAACAAAUGGUCGUUUCGAGGCUUCGGUUGAACCCACUCGUCGAUGCGAAAGUGUUCGCUGCACAACAUGACUCAA